UCCGGUCUUUGUAUACGAUAAACCGAAAAGGUUCGUUCGUGUGGUGUCUGUUGAAAAUUAUUAUUUUUUUUUUCCCCUCCCCGGCUAGUAAUAGGUACGGGUCAAUGUGCAGAUAUUCGUGAUACGAUCUGAAAUUCGAUGAUAAAAUGGCAUCGAAGAUGGCGGGACAGACAUCAUGUCUUAACAGUCGAUGGGACCAGCCAGCCCCCACUGCCGGUAUACUGAAUGGGUUCUUGGGGAACAUCUCUCAUUCCCUCACAACACCGGUUGUGACUUUGCCUAGCUACACUGGGUGUUUGGCGCCCACCGUAGCAGCCGGCAUGGCCCCCAGUUUACCAGUUGCCAGCAGCACUGGCCCAGUGGCUCCAUCACAGUCACCUGCACUAGCUGAUCUAUCUUCUGAAGAAAAGCCUGCACCAUCAGGAGGUGUAGAAUUGGCUGCUGCCAUGGCUGCCAAAAUUAAUGCCAUGUUGAUGGCCAAAGGGAAGCUGAAGACACCCCCACCAUUACACAACAAGAUUGUGCCUCGUGUGACAGUUUCCAGUACUGCUAAUGAAUUAGUUGUUACUGAAGUGGACAUUAAUGAUGUGCCCAUAAACUGUCGAAAUUUACUAACAAAGGGAAAGACUCAGGAAGAGAUCCGGCAGUAUAGCGGAGCAAUAGUGUCAACAAAAGGAUACUACAUGACCAAUACAGAAAAAGCUCAGGCUAAAGGAGUGGACCGACCAUUGUACUUGCAUGUUCAAGGGAAGAGUCAAGAGGAAGUUAAUAAGGCAGUGAUGCGUAUAAAAGAGAUCAUUUCAGAGGAUGUUUUGAGGACAGCAGCAGGACAGGGGCGACCUAUUGUUCCUGUGUACACCCACCCACCCAAACCACUGGACCCUUCUCAAGAGACACAGACACCAGCUCCUCCACCUGUCCAGGCACCAUCUCAGCCAAAUAUCAAACCUGCGGUACCCCAGAACCAUAAACCUCCAGUCCUUUACAAUGGUCACUCGGGGAAUUUUGUGCACACGAAGGUUUUUGUUGGCCUGGAUCAAGCAUUGCCCUCUUUCAAUGUGAAGGAGAAAGUUGAGGGUCCUGCAAGUAGUUACUUGCAGCACAUCCAGAGUGAAACGGGAGCUCGCGUAUUCCUCCGUGGAAAGGGUUCGGGGUACAUAGAGCAGGCCUCCCGGCGUGAAUCUUUUGAGCCACUUUAUCUUUACAUCAGCCACCCCAAUUCCACAGGACUUGAAGCAGCAAAGAAGCUCUGUGAGAGUCUGCUACAAACAGUGCGUGCAGAACAUUCCCGGAUGGUGUCAGUUUAUACAGCAACUGGGUCUACUCAAGCAUACCCAUCUCAUGGAUUUCAACCUAAUAGCAAUUACAGUAGCCAGGGCUCCUGGUAUAACUACCCAUCAAAUGGUUUCACUGGUGGCUAUUCUGCAUAUCCAGGAUCCGGUGGUUUUUGGAGUAAUGCAAAUGGUUACCCCAGUCAUUCUAACAUUUCGACAACCCCUCAGUCUUCUCAGGCAAUGGUUCAGUAUCCGGUGUGUCCUAGGAAAGCACCGCCUUAUUUAGCCCAGGACCCUGGGACCACUUACAGCAGCACUGCAGAAAGCAGAUCUUCCAAUCCAUCAGAGAAUAACAGUCCAAAGCGGCGCUUUUUGGAAAGUUCUGAAGAAACAUCUGAAUAUGAGGAUGAUCCUGGUUCAUCAGUUAUAAUGAAACAGUCCAGCUCGCCAGAUAAGGAAGGAAAAGUGUUCGAAAGGAUAUUGAUGCCUCCACCCCCAAUCCCCUGCAUUGGACCCCCACGCAAAAGACCACGGGAAGCAGAGAGCCAGAGUGGAGAACCUGACGUGAAGGGCAAAGAGGAGUCAGACUCUCAAAAGAAGGCAAAGACCCAGGAAGGUGUCUUGGGACUGGUCCCUUAUGGUGGGGACUCCUCAGAUGAGGAGGAAGAGCGGACGCGCAGCAGUAAGAAGUUGUAAACUUGUUCCAGCCUCCGUUUAAGGUGUACUUCAGGAUGCACCUACGGUGCUUAGCUAGGGUUUAACGCUGUUAGAUUUUUGCACAUCAGCCUCCCUGCAAAAUAUUUCCUUGUACAGUGAUUACAAUUUCAAGAAAUUUUCUUUGAGCUCAUUUGCAUUAACUCAGCACAACACUAUUGUAGCUUUUGUGAAAUUUUCUUACAUUUGAAAAUGGUGUAAACCUGUUCCCAUGGAAUAUUGUAUUAAAGUAUUUGAAUAAACUUUA